AUGGCCGCACCAAAUCCCGUUGAUUUCGACCGUGCCUUUGGCGUAACGAACAUUAAAACCCAUAUCCCUAUCACCCUCGACUUUGAAGAUCACAACUAUGACGCCUGGCGUGAGUUGUUUCUCACUCACUGUCUCGCAUUUGACGUGAUCGGUCACAUCGAAGGCACCUCUCUCCCUGCAAACGAUGAUGACAUGCCGUGGAAGAAGAAGGAUGGCUUGGUCAAGCUAUGGUUAUACGGAACCUUGACUCAACCAUUGUUCCGCAGCACGUUUCAAACUGGUGGCUCCGCUCGCGACAUCUGGCUCCGAGUUGAGAACCAAUUCAGGAACAAUAAGGAAGCUCGAGCAAUCCAACUCGACCAUGACUUGCGCACCACGGAUAUUGGAGACCGUACGGUGCAAGAGUAUUGUCAAACCCUGAAAUCCAUAUCAGAUCUCUUGGCCAAUCUCGACGCCCCAGUACCUGACAGAACACUCGUGAUGUAUCUUCUGAAUGGCUUGAACGAGAAAUUUGAUAACAUCCUCAAUGUCAUCAAACACAAGGAGCCCUUUCCUACGUUUGACUCAGCGAAACAUAUGCUUCUCAACGAGGAAACACGACUCAAGAAAGCUACUAAGGCCCCAGCGACUGCAGACAGCGCUUCCUCAUCGACAGUUCUCACAGUCUCAACAGAAAAAACAACCUCAACGCUUCAACAAUGGGAACAGGAAGCAAAACAAUCGAGGCCGUGGUCGUGGACGCAACAACCAGCAACGCUCUUGGAACAACAACUGUGGCCUGGAUUCCCUACUCCAUGGAUUCAGCAAGCAAACAGAGGCAUUCUCGGCCCUGCUCCUCAACGUCAACAACAGCAACAACAAGCUCUAGUUGCUGACCCACAAUACCAACCAACAACCGAUUUUGCUCAAGCUUUCAACACCUUGACUAUUGCUGAUCCAGGCGCUGCAGACUGGUAUAUGGACUCUGGUGCUACAGCUCACUUAGCAUCGUCUUCAGGUACACUAAAUUCUGUUCUUAAAAAUAGCACCGGAAUGUCAGUCAAAGUCGGAAACGGUUCUCAAAUUCCCAUUACUUCAUCCGGCUCAACUUCUUUAGCUUCAUAUUCUCGUCCUCUUUCAUUGAAAAAUGUUCUUGUUGCUCCUCAUAUCAUCAAGAAUCUUAUCUCUGUUCGUCGGUUUACUAAUGAUAAUUGGUGCUCGGUUGAAUUUGACCCGUUUGGUUUUUCUGUAAAGGAUCUGAGCACCAAGCGGAUACUGCUCCGCAGUGACAGUUCAGGGGAUCUUUACUCUGUUCCGCAACAACUCAAUAAACUGGCAAACACUCCGCACGCUUACCUUGCUGCUGCUCCUUCUCUCUGGCAUAAACGCCUUGGCCAUGUCAACAAUGGCUCAUUGCGUUCUUUAAUUUCUUCUAAUUCCAUCUCUUGUAAUAAAGGACAACUUCCACUUUUCAAAUCCUCUAUCCAAUCGUUUCAAUGCGAUAAUGGUGGCGAGUAUAACAAUACCAACUUCCUAAACUUCUUUUCAUCAAACGGUAUUGUUGUUCGGUUCUCGUGUCCUCAUACUUCUCAACAGAACGGACGUUCCGAGAGAAUGAUACGAACCAUAAAUAACACUCUCCGAACACUUCUUUUCCAAGCUCGCCUACCACCUUCUUACUGGGUGGAAGCACUACACACUGCUGUUCACUUACUCAAUAUACUACCCUCAGCUUCCAUUAAAAACCGUGUUCCAUACACAACCCUUUACCAGAGAGAACCCUCUUAUCAUCACCUAAAAACCUUUGGCUGCUUAUGCUUCCCCAACCUGAAUCAUUCAUUUCUCCAUAAACUAGCCCCUCGAUCCACACCCUGCGUGUUUCUUGGCUAUCCAUCAAGCCACAAGGGCUACAGAUGCUUAGACCUACAGACCAGAAAAAUCAUUAUUUCUCGUCAUGUGGUCUUUGAUGAAUCAAUAUUUCCUUUAUCUCAAACUCAUUCCAUCUCACUUCCAAAGUCUUAUGAUUUCUUGGGCGACACGUCUGAGGUAUCCUCAACAUUCAAAAAUAUCCUAAUUCAGCCAUCUCCUCCUCCAUUACAGUCUGUUGCACCACCCCUUCACACGACUGUUCAACCUAUUUCAGCUCCUAUUACACGUCAUCCAAUGACUACUAGGAGCAGAGAUGGAACUCGAAAACAGCGAACUAUCAUCAACCUCCACACUUCAACCAUUUCUCCUCUCCCAAAAAGCCACCUAACAGCUUUAAAAGAUCCAAACUGGAAUCCCUCAAUGACUGAUGAGUACGGUGCUCUGGUUAAGAAUAAGACAUUUAGUCUAGUUACACGUCCACCUAAUGCUAACAUUGUGCGCUCUAUGUGGUUAUAUAAGCAUAAGCUUGGUGCAGAUGGAACGGUUACACGCCACAAAUCGCGCUUAGUGGCGAACGGUAAGUCACAAGAGCAGGGCCUGGAUUACGAUGAGACGUUCAGCCCCGUUGUGAAGCCAGUAACCAUCCGUUCUGUACUCCACCUAGCUCUGCAACGCGACUGGGAGGUCCAUCACCUUGACGUCAAAAAUGCUUUCUUGCAUGGGACGUUAGAUGAGACCGUUUAUAUGCAUCAACCGCCAGGUAUGGCCGACAAGUCGAAGCCAAAUCAUGUAUGGAAGUUGGAGAAAGCCCUUUACGGUCUCAAGCAGGCUCCAAGGGCCUGGAAUGGUCGUUUCUCUUCGUAUGUAGAACAGCUGGGUUUUACAAAAAGCUCCAGCGAUAAUUCUCUUUUCAUCUACAGCAAAGGGAAAAACAUUGCCUAUCUCCUCCUUUAUGUCGAUGACAUACUGUUAACGGCAUCGUCUCCGGCUCUGCGUCAACAUAUAACAACCUUACUGAAGAAAGAAUUUGAGAUGUCCGACGACGGGAAACUCAAAUACUUUCUUGGCAUAAAGGUUGACUACAAUGGCGAUGGCAUGCUCCUAUCACAGACAGCUUACGCAAAAGACAUUCUAAUUCGUGCCUCAAUGCAAGAAUGCAACCCUGUAAGUACUCCAGUCGAUCUCAAAUCAAAGCUAUCUCAAGACAGUGGCGACAAAGUUGAUGAUCCAACACUCUAUCGGAGUCUCGCCGGCGCGCUCCAAUACCUCACUCUAACACGUCCAGACAUCCAGUACGCGGUGCAACAACUCUGUCUCUUCAUGCAUGACCCACGGGCCUCUCACCUCAAUGCCUUGAAAAGGGUAUUACGCUACCUAAAAGGCACCAUUACAGACGGCUUACAGCUCUACAAAUCCAGCACAACCACCCUCACUGCCUACACAGAUGCAGAUUGGGCUGGGUGUCCCGACACUCGACGUUCCACCUCCGGUUACUGCGUUUUCUUGGGCAGCAACCUAGUAUCUUGGUCAUCAAAACGACAAGACACAGUUUCACGAUCUAGUGCCGAAGCUGAAUACAAAGGAGUUGCAAAUGUCGUAGCUGAAACCUGCUGGAUAAGGAACCUUCUUCUCGAACUCAAAUGUCCUAUUUCCACAGCCACAUUGGUGUAUUGCGACAACAUAAGCGCAGUUUAUCUCUCCACCAACCCGAGGAAAUACAUACAAUUUCAGACACGUGGCUCCAUUCUCGGGGCUUCCGAUUGUACCUCAGGUUCAUCAGAAGACGAGAAGGUUGAAUCAUCCAAUCUCCAAAACGACUGCGUUUUCUGCAAGAUUGUCCGUGGCGAGUCUCCAUGUAUAAAGUUGUACGAGGAUGACACGUGCUUGUGCAUUUUGGAUACGAGCCCACUUAUUCAUGGAAGCUAUCAACUUUUUAAUCUGGGCAUUCUCAGGCACUCUCUUAUCAUUCCAAAGUUACAUUAUCCAACCUUAGAGCAAACUCCUCCCUCAGUAGUUGCUGCCAUGUGUUCCAAAGUGCCUCUCAUCAGUAAUGCCAUUGUUAAAGCUACAGAUAGUGAUUCAUUUAACUUGCUGGUUAACAACGGAGCAGCAGCUGGGCAAGUGAUAUUUCACACGCACAUUCACAUAAUCCCACGUAAGAAACGCGACUGUUUAUGGGCUUCUGAGAGCUUGCGGAGACAGGCGCUGAAACUGGACAAGGAAGCAUCUCAACUGGCGUUGCGUGUUCGAGAACAGUUGUGCAGAGUUCCUGAAGAACAGUUGGUUCAGCCCUCAUCAUAAGUCCCUUUUCAAGAGACCCAUUGUUGUAAACACUGUGCUAAUCCAGGACUAUAUUCUGUAUAGUUCAUAUUCAGAGUUAAAGCCCAUCUAAACAUAAGAGAAGAACCAUCCAAAAGUAACCUCUGACACUAUCUUAUUUACAGAAAAAAAAGUAGGAAACUUCCUGCACUAA